UCCUGCGCACUCUCUGCUCAGGCGCUUCCUGGGUCCCGGGCUGCGCCUGCGCCCGACCCGGCUCUUCCUGCCGCCGGGAGGGAGACCCGGUGCGCUGCUGUCAGGGGUCCGUCGGGCUCUGCUGGGGCCGCUGCUUGCGGAGACAACACAGGAGUCUACAGUGAAGUCAGAGUUUAAAUAAGGAUGGAGCUGGCUCAUAGUUUGUUGCUAAAUGAAGAAGCUUUGGCUCAAAUCACAGAAGCAAAGAGGCCAGUCUUUAUUUUUGAGUGGCUGCGAUUUCUGGAUAAAGUGCUUGUAGCUGCCAACAAGACAGAUGUCAAGGAAAAACAAAAGAAGCUUGUGGAACAGCUAACUGGACUCAUCAGCAGUUCCCCUGGGCCACCCACACGUAAAUUACUGGCUAAAAAUCUUGCGGCUCUUUAUAGCAUUGGCGAUACAUUUACUGUCUUUCAGACACUUGAUAAGUGUAAUGACAUUAUCAAGAAUAAAGAUGAUACUGCUGCCUAUUUACCGACCAAACUGGCUGCCGUGGCAUGUGUUGGAGCUUUUUAUGAAAAAAUGGGCAGGAUGCUGGGCAGUUCUUUUCCAGAAACAGUUAAUAAUCUCUUAAAGUCUCUGAAAAGUGCAGAGUCUCAGGGCCGAAGUGAAAUAUUAAUGAGUUUACAGAAAGUUCUAAAUGGACUGGGUGGUGCAGCAGCUUCAUGCCACCGUGAUAUUUAUAAGAAUGCACGAUCUCUGCUGACGGAUAGAUCUAUGGCUGUACGAUGUGCAGUAGCUAAGUGCCUACUGGAACUACAAAAUGAAGCUGUAUUUAUGUGGACUGCUGAGCUAGAAAAUGUAGCAACACUCUGCUUUAAAGCUCUGGAAAACUCAAAUUAUGGUGUACGAGUUGCAGUGUCGAAGCUUUUGGGGACAGUCAUGGCUACAGCGUUGAUACCAAAACAAGCAACAGUGAUGCGUCAGAACGUGAAGCGGGCUACACUGGAGGAAGUCCUAGAACUUAUGGCCACAGGGUUUCUUCGAGGAGGGUCAGGAUUCCUAAAAAGUGGUGGUGAGAUGUUGAAAGUAGGAGGGUCUGUCAAUCGGGAAGUGCGAGUUGGUGUCACACAGGCAUAUGUUGUCUUUGUUACAACGCUAGGAGGCCAGUGGUUGGAGCGCAAUUUUGCUACAUUUUUGUCCCAUGUCCUGGAUCUGGUGUCCCAUCCUCGUGCAACUCAGACUCAUGUUGAGGCAGUAUACUCUCGAAGAUGUGUGUCCUUUAUCCUGAGAGCAACCGUAGGCAGUUUAUUAGGGGAGAAAGCGCAGAUUGCAGCUGCCAAAGAUAUUUGUCAAGCCAUUGGUAAACAAAUGAAGGCAGUGGAAGCGGUUGUGAAUGAUACUAACGGGGAAAAUAAAUCCGGAGCUGCUGAUGUAGCUGCAAGCCAACAUGUGAUGGUGUGUGCCCUUCAAGAACUAGGUAGCCUGGUUCAGAGCCUGAAUGCCACUGCAUCGCCACUCAUACAAGAACCCUCUAUAGGGCUAUUGGAGACAGUAACCUCAGUUCUUCUUCAUCCAAGCAUGGCUGCUCGGCUAGCUGCUGCAUGGUGCUUGCGCUGUGUAGCUGUGGCAUUGCCUUUUCAGUUGACUCCAUUUCUGGAUAGGUGCGCUGAAAGGCUCAACAAUCUGAAGACCUCACCAGAAGCAGUUAGUGGCUACAGUUUUGCAAUGGCUGCUUUACUAGGUGGAGUGCAUCAGUGUCCGUUAGGUAUUCCUCAUGCGAAGGGAAAAAUGGUAGUCAGUAUUGCUGAGGAUCUGUUACGAACUGCUGCUCAAAAUAGUAGACUGUCCUUACAGCGCACUCAAGCUGGGUGGCUUUUACUUGGUGCACUUAUGACUUUAGGUCCUUCAGUUGUUCGGUACCAUCUACCUAAGAUGCUGCUGCUAUGGCGAAAUGUAUUUCCUCGUUCUCUAAAGGAGCUAGAAGCAGAGAAAGCCCGAGGAGACUCUUUUACCUGGCAAGUAACAUUGGAAGGUCGUGCUGGAGCUUUGUGCGCUAUGAGGAGUUUCGUUGCUCACUGUCCUGAGCUCCUUACUGAAGAUGUGAUCAGAAAAUUAAUGACACCUAUAGAAUGUGCCAUGACAAUGAUGUCACACAUUCCAUCGGUAAUUAAAGCCCAUGGAGCUCAUCUUAAAGCUAGCGCAGCUAUGGUCCGUUUAAGACUUUAUGACAUUUUGGCUUUGUUACCUCCAAAAACUUAUGAAGCAAAAAGAAAUCUGCUUCAGCCAAACAGUGCAUCUGGAAGUGGAGCUUUGGAGCAUGACCCGUCUUCCAUUUAUUUGCGCAUCCCAGCUGGUGAAGCUGUGCCUGGCCCCCUUCCCCUGGGAGUAUCAGUCAUUGAUGCCUCUGUGGCGCUCUUUGGUGUGGUUUUUCCUCAUGUUUCUUACAAACACAGGCUACAAAUGUUGGAUCACUUUGCUGAAUGUGUCAAACAGGCUAAAGGUGUCCGCCAACAAGCUGUGCAGCUUAAUAUCUUCACUGCUGUUCUCAGCGCAUUGAAGGGUUUAGCUGAGAAUAAAAGCACAUUAGGACCAGAAGAAGUCCGCAAAUCUGCUCUGACGUUGGUUAUGGGUGCCCUUGACAAUCCUAAUCCCAUUUUGAGAUGUGCAGCAGGAGAGGCACUUGGCAGAAUGGCUCAGGUAGUUGGAGAAGCAACUUUCAUUGCCAGAAUGGCUCAAUUCAGCUUUGACAAGUUAAAAUCUGCUCGAGAUGUUGUGUCAAGAACUGGUCAUUCGUUGGCUCUUGGCUGUCUCCAUCGUUAUGUGGGUGGAAUAGGUUCUGGACAGCAUCUGAAAACCAGUGUCAGUAUUCUGUUGGCGUUGGCACAAGAUGGGACCUCACCUGAAGUCCAGACCUGGUCUCUCCAUUCACUUGCCUUGAUAGUGGACUCUAGUGGGCCAAUGUACCGGGGAUAUGUGGAGCCUACUCUGUCUCUUGUUCUUACCCUGCUCUUGACGGUUCCACCAUCGCAUACAGAAGUACAUCAGUGUUUGGGUCGAUGUCUUGGGGCUAUAAUAACUACGGUUGGUCCUGAGCUGCAAGGUAAUGGAGCUACUAUUUCAACAAUCCGCUCUUCAUGCUUGGUGGGAUGUGCGAUCACACAAGAUCACUCGGACUCUCUUGUUCAGGCAGCUGCCAUAUCCUGCCUUCAACAGCUUCACAUGUUUGCACCCCGCCAUGUCAACCUAUCCAGUCUGGUUCCCAGCCUUUGUGUUCACUUGUGCAGUUCUCAUUUAUUGCUCCGUCGGGCUGCAGUGGCAUGUUUGCGGCAGCUUGCGCAGAGGGAAGCAGCAGAAGUGUGUGAAUAUGCCAUGAGCUUAGCAAAAAAUGCUGGCGACAAAGAGAAUAGUGGCGUCAAUAUUAACCCUUUUGCACCAGGAGCUGGUUCUCGGCGGGAUAUUCAUUGCCGGCAUCAAGGAGUUAAUAUAACAGAGACUGGCCUCGAGGGGGUUCUUUUUGGAAUGUUAGAUCGGGAGACUGAUCGAAAGCUGUGUUCUGAUAUUCAUGAUACCUUGGGACAUAUGCUUUCAUCCCUGGCAGUGGAAAAACUUUCACACUGGCUAAUGCUAUGUAAGGAUGUCCUAGCAGCCUCCAGUGACAUGAGCACUGCAGCUCCUUUGGGAGGAGGAAAGGAUGAAGAAUCGGAGAAGAAAGAUGAGAUGGAUGAUGACACAAUGUUUACCACUCUGGGUGAAGAGGAUAAAUCGAAGCCUUCUGUGGCUCCUCGCUGGGCCACUCGUGUAUUUGCUGCCGAUUGCCUGUGUCGAAUUAUCAUGCUGUGUGAGAAUGCGAAUAAGGCUCACUUUGAUCUGGCCAUGGCCCGUUCAGCCAAACUCAGAAACCCUAAAAAUGAUCUUUUAGUGCUCCAUCUCUCCGACCUCAUCCGUAUGGCAUUCAUGGCUGCAACUGAUCACAGCAACCAGCUGCGGAUGGCUGGUCUCCAGGCACUUGAAGAUAUUAUCAAGAAAUUUGCAUCAGUUCCUGAGCCAGAGUUUCCCGGUCAUGUGAUACUGGAGCAGUAUCAGGCUAAUGUUGGAGCUGCUCUAAGACCAGCUUUUUCCCAAGAUACUCCUUCUGACAUAACAGCAAAAGCCUGCCAGGUAUGUAGCACAUGGAUAGGAAGUGAGGUUGUAAGUGACCUGAAUGAUCUUCGCCGAGUUCACAAUCUCCUUGUCUCCUCCCUGGACAAAGUGCAAGCGGGAAAGGGGUCUUCCAGUCAGCUUUACCGAGAGAGUGCCACGACUAUGGAAAAACUGGCAGUCCUGAAAGCCUGGGCUGAGGUGUAUGUUGUAGCUAUGAAAAUUAAAAAGGAAGCAGAGACCAAACCAAAGCGAGCAAUAAAGAAUACGGAUGAUGAUGAUGAGGAUUUUGGUACUGUAGAUGAGCUACCUCCAGACAGUUUGAUAACACUUGUACAACCUGAGCUGCCUAUUCUGAGUCGCCUUUGGCUAGCUGCAUUGAAAGACUAUGCUCUUUUGACUUUACCAGCUGAAUUUGCUAGUCAGCUUCCACCAGAUGGUGGAGCAUUUUACACUCCAGAGACAAUUGAUACAGCUAGACUGCACUACCGGAACUCUUGGGCUCCAAUCCUACAUGCAGUGGCACUCUGGCUAAACAGUGCAGGAUUUAAUGCUUCUGAGUCACCAGAAGAAGCAGCUGCAGCAAUGCCUAAUUCACAGAAACGUGCCUCGUCCAUCAUGUUAAACCAGGCACCUGGAACACCACCUGCCACUAAAUCUUUGCCCGAGAUAAACAAAGAUAGAAUGCACUUGAUUUUAGGUGUUAGUAUACAAUUCCUCUGUUCCCCCAGGCCUGAGGAGCCUGUUGAACAUGUCACGUCUUGUUUACAGGCACUGCAUACUUUACUGGAUUCCCCUUGUGCUAGAAUUCAUAUUGCAGAGGAUCAGCUCCUUGGUGUUGAACUUCUGAGUGUGCUGCAUCGACUCUUAUUGACCUGGGAUCCUCCUUCAGUCCAGCUGCUAGUUACAGGAGUUGUCCAGCAGAUAGUGAGAGCAGCUCAAGAUUACUUGCAAGAAAAAAGGAACACUCUAAAUGAAGACGACAUAAAGGAAAAAGAAACGUGUCUUGUGUUAGGAGAAGGUGGUGAGACUGGUGGCCUUGUGCCUGGAAAAUCUCUCGUCUUUGCAGCCAUGGAACUACUAAUGUUUAUCCUAGUACGGCACAUGCCACAUCUAAGCCCCAAAAUGUCAGACUCUCCAAGUCAUGUUUCUGCCAAACCCCAGCUCUCUGAAGAAAGUGCUCGCCUUGUGGCUGCCACAGUUACCAUCCUAUCUGACCUGCCUUCUCUGUGCUCUCCAGCCGGAUGUAUGACAAUAUUACCUACAAUCCUGUUUCUGAUUACAAGAGUAUUGAAGGAAACUGCAGUAAAAUCAGUGGAUAAUCAGGUCUCACCACCAGUCAGUGCAACUCUUCAGGCGAUAAAAACUAUUGUAACUCUUCCAAUGGCCAAGACUGAGGAAACUCAUAAACAAUGGACUAGUCUUAUCCGCAGCACUCUGGCAUCUGUCUUGGAAUACUCCCAACCAGAGGGCACUAAGUCUAUUCUUGAUGAAGUAAGCAUGCUUACAGCGAUUGCGCUCUUCCUUUGGUCUGCAAGUACAGAAAUAAUUGGAGUGCAGUCCUUACAGAAUGGCUGCAUUAACAGAUUUAAAAAUGCAUUGAAUUCCUGUGAUCCUUGGGUUCAAGCCAAGUGUUAUCAGCUUCUACUUUCUGUAUUCCAACACACCAACCGUGCCCUGUCAACUCCAUACAUCCAUUCAUUGGCACCAAUAAUGGUUGAGAAACUGAAAGCUGUAGAAGGUAACCGUCCAAACAGCAACACAGAGCUAUUAGCAGUCCAGGAAGGAAUUAAAGUCCUUGAAACAUUGGUUGCCCUUGGUGAGGAGCAGAAUAGAGUCCAGUUGCUUGCUCUUCUAGUUCCAACUCUGAUCUCUUAUUUACUGAAUGAAAAUGCUUUUGCUUCUGCAUCUACAAUAUCGAAAGAUCUUCAUGAAUUUGCACUCCAGAAUUUAAUGCACAUUGGUCCCCUCUACCCUCAUGCUUUCAAGACAGUAAUGGGAGCUGCUCCUGAAUUGAAAAUACGUCUAGAAACUGCAGUCCGAGCAAGUCAGGCCAGCAAAGCAAAAGCAGCUGCCAGGCAACCACCACCCACAAUACAUUCUGUCCCAACAAUUAAACUUAAAACUAGCUUUUUUUGAAUUAUUUUGAGUUAUUAUUUUUGGGAUCAUACCUACAAUUAAAAGUCAGAAGCACUACAUCAUUCCUUAUGUGCUACUGCAUAUAUGUCUGUAUUUUGCAUUGUUUGUAUGUCAGAGGCAAUCUAAUAGCUUUAUGUGUAAUUACUUGAAAUUUGUGCAUUAUAAGGGAAGUAGUGUUACAAGUAUUUAUAUAAAUUUUUAAGAAAUUGAAUUUGUUUGAUCAUAUUUGUGAAUCUAUGUUAUAAAUUAUCCACCAAAAAAGUAUCAUCUGUCCUACUAAAUUGUGUUGUUUAUUUUUAGAACACUGAGUCAAACCUAGCAAAUGUAAGUGUUUUUUAAAAGCUAGUUAAUGCUAUCCAACUGUUGUACCAGCACACUAACACAGCAGGAUUGGAGUGGGUGGAGAAACCAGUAUUCGGUAUUUACUAUUUAUCUUUGGAAAUUUCAGGUGUAAUAAUCACUUUUUUCUUAAAAACAAAAAACACAAACCUAGUGAAGUUGGGGUGUAUCAAACGUAUAAUUCAUUUCAGGUCACAUGAAAUACAAAAAAAGCAGGAACUGGAAAAGAUUGCAGUCUUUUCCAAGAUAAACAAUCAAGCAUGCUGUCAAAAUAGGAUGUUAUUAACUUUGUGGUAUAUCUCUUUCUUUCAGAUCAGUUUCCAUGCUUGAGAGUUAAUAAAUGGAUUCAAAGAACCAACCCCCCCUCCCCCAUCUCUCACUAAGAUAAAUAAAAAGAUGCAUUGGAAAUAAGGUUUAUAAAUGGGACCAUAUGCCAUCUGCAUUUCUGUGGCUCUGGAAUUUGCCUGUUGCAAAGCUUCUGUGGUAAACUAUUUUCCUAUUCUGCCCAGAUCCCACAGUUCAGUGUUCUGCUUACUUUGCCUGGAUUUUCAGAGGGAAGAGCACUGCUACCUGCUACAAGAUUUGACUAUAAUGGGAGCCAUUGGGCUGUUUCUCCUGCCAGACUUCACAAGGGGCUGGUGGAGAACCUUCUUCCUGCAGCCAUAGGGAGGGGGCUAUAGCUCUCACACACCUUUCUUAGAGUCAGGAAGAGGUGAAAGGCAUAAGGCCAUAUACUCUGUGCAUAUCAGACCUACAAUUUCUGGCAAGGGUCCUGAUUUAUUCAAUGCAGUAGUGCUGUUUUCCUGAAGUACAGUAUUUUUAUUGAAUGAUAUGUUAAUGCCUCUGUUCCUAUCCAUUUUAAUAGUCAGCUGAAAUCUCUGAAUUUUAAUGUCUUUUACACUGCUUUAGAAUUCCCAGUUUGCCACAUAAAUCAGGGGCCCUUCCUAUAUAGGUUUGUUGUGUCAUACAACCUAUAGGGCUUUCAUAAUAAAUGUAGGCAUGUUUCUAUCCCUCCAUCUUUGUUGUCCAUUCAGAUGUUCCUGGAACAAGUCAAUGUACAAGUUAUUUAUAUAAUUUGAGAAGUGGAUCCUAAAAUUUCUAUUGUUUGAACCUCACAAUAGGAAAUUAGUAGUAAUCAGAAUUUAAUUGUAUGAUUGAUUUUUGGCUGAAAUAUGUAUGGAUUCUGAUCUUGUAGGCAUUUACCCAUCUCUUUCUUUUAAAUAGCCACUGUGAUAGCCUUUCCUUUGAGCAUCUGUGCAAGGGGAAGGGAAAGAUCAACUGUAAUUAAAACCAAUUAACUAAGAACAAGAUAGUUCUCUUUCACCCUGUCACAGUUAGUUUGUGCAAACUCUUUAACAUAAAGUUAUGUUUAGAAAAGCUUUUAAUUCAGAAUUGUUCUUGACCAUUAUUCAAGAUCACAAAGAAUGGUGUGAACCCUGUUUUCCUGCAAACAGUUACUAUAGGAUGUAUCUUUACUCCCACACCUAGUUCCACUAAUGUAAUAGGACUAGACAUGAGCGUAAAGACACAUAGAGUAAUAAAGUGUUUAUAGAAUGAAGCCCAAAGUGAGGAAAGAGUAGCAGCAAAGAAUUAUUUG